CAAGCGGAGUAGCGUAGCUAACUACAUCACCGCACCUCACUCCCUCCAAUGCAACCCACUUCUAUUCAUCCCAUUCACCCUAACCCUCUUCAUUUCGACCCCUAGAAUACACAAUGCCACCCCAAACAAUGAAAGCCAUCAAAAUCCUCCCCGGCGAAAAGGCGGAACUCCAAGACGUGCCCUUCCCGCAACUCCGACCGGGCUACGUGCUGUGUAAGGUCAAGUGUGUGGCGUUGAAUCCGACGGAUUGGAAGCAUAUCGAUGGCGAUGGCGGACGAGCGGGAUCAACGGUGGGAAGUGAUUUUUGCGGAGUCGUGGAGCAAGUAGGCGACGGCGUGCAGCGGGAAUGGAAACAGGGCGAUCGCAUUGCGGCUUUUGUGCAUGGGGGGAACGAUACGCAUCCUGGCGAUGGCACGUUUGCGGAGUACUGUUUGGCGAAGGGGGAUGUGGCGAUGAAGGUACCGGACAGCAUCAGCGACGAGAAUGCAGCGAGUCUGGGCGUGUCGGUGAUUACGUGCGGACAGGCGUUGUAUCAGAGUCUGGGGCUUCCGCUGCCGGGGUCGGGGAAGAGUUAUGGGGGCUAUCUGCUUGUCUAUGGCGGCAGCUCGGGGACGGGCAUCUUUGCCAUUCAGUACGCUGUUCUGUCCGGCUGCAAAGUUGUAGCAACAGCAUCGGAGCGCAACUGGCCCCUCCUCAAAUCCCUCGGCGCGUCAGAAGUCUUCGACUACAAAGACCCCGACUGCGGCAAGAAGAUCCGCGAGUACACCAACGACUCCCUGACGCUCGCCCUCGACUGCAUCUCCGAAGGCGACUCGGCGCAAAUCUGCGAACAAGCCGUCUCCUCGCGCGGCGGCGCCAUCACAUAUUUGCUGCGCUCGGCACCGCACUCCCGCAAGGACGUCGUCAAGAAGCACACGUCGGGGUAUACGGUGUUUGGCGAGGCGUUCGACAAGCUGGGCGAGCAUGUGCCUGCGAAACCGCAGGAUUUCGAGCAUUGCAAGAAGUUUUGGCAGUUGACAGAGGAGCUUGUGGCGGAGGGCAGACUCAAGCCGCAUCCGAUGAAGGUUGGGGGUGAAGGGCUUGUGGGUGUGUUUGAUGGUAUGCAGCAGGCCAGAGAGGGGAAGGUUAGUGGGGUGAAGUUGGUGUAUCGCGUGGAGGAGACUCCUGGGCUGCGUUGAGAUGCGCGAUGGGAUCGG